UUUCGUGCUUUCUUUCUGACUGCCGACUCUCGAAACCGCAAUGGUUCUCGUUACUCUAUAUUUUCUGUAAAAAGAUGGAUAACACGCUCUAUAUGAGUGAUUCCUCCUCCCCCUGUGCUUUAUUUAUACGAAUCGUCCCUCAAUGGGCCCUUCAUUGGUGUGCGUACCAGAGACGACCGUCAGUAGACCCAUCGUCGGUGUGCACUCCAGAAGCCUCUUGAGGUAUGUGCGGUGAUCUAGAGCUCAUAGUGCCGGUGAGUCUUGUAAAGUACAGUACGGCUGAAUAGAAAAUCUUGGCCCGAAUGUGUAUCUGUCUUUACUUGUUCCCCUUCCGUUGGUUUCAGUUUCCAGAUUUUCUCUCGCUAGGCGCAACGUUUAUUCACGUCUUUCCACCUUCAGUGCUUCAGCGUUUGCUCCCAGUAGUCAUACUUGCAUAUGAAGGGAGUACCCUAUAAACCAAUAGUUCAUUUGCACACGUCACGAGGGCACCUGUGCAUUCCUAUGUAGUUCUCGUGAUCAAGCCGUAUUAUUAUAGCUUACCAUCGACCCUUCCUUCAUGGAGCGUUUCCAAGACAGAAUGAAUGGGGAGGCUGUUUCGAUGAACAGAGCAGUCGAUUUAGGAUCACAGAUGUUCAGUACUACAAACUCCAUCUCGUCAGAGGCUCCUCCCUCUAUUGUUGCUCAAGAAUUGAUUGACUGGAUCAUCGAUUGGGUCGCCAUACUGGAUCCAGCAUCCUUGCCAGCUUGUUCACUCGUUUCGCGAGAUUGGGUGUACCGCAGCCAACACCACAUCCACUGUUCCAUAGCGAUCGAUAUCGACCAGCGAAGUGGCCGAAUUCCCUUCGAUAUGUACUCCACUGGCGUUGCCGGGCUUGUCAAGCAUGUCAAAAUCUAUGGAUUGUCAGCAAUGCCUCAAGCUUGGCCUAUGAAGGAGGGCGACUGCGCAGACGCUAUCAUCCGGAUAAUCAUUUGUCGAUUGUACAACCUGGAGAGGCUUUCUCUGCACGGCUUCGAGGCGAAGACACAUGGUUACACAUCUCACUCCUGCAGCACAUCGCCAACGUACCAUACCAUGAACGUACCAUCGGUCCGUGCGGUUGUACUCGAAGCAUCUCACUUCGACACACUCGACACGCUCCUGACCUUCAUCUCAUCUUUUCCCCAACUCGAAAGCUUGGAAAUGUCAGACGUUAGUCUAUUCGACCCAGCCAACUCAGACAAGGUGAAUAAUGGCCAAAAGUCGACUCUCAAUUAUCUCUCGUCAGAGCAAUACCCUUUCCCUGGCAAGAACAUCCGUUUCUUGUCACUGCGACUGGGACCUAGAUAUAUGCUCGAUAAGGCUGCACAAUCAUAUAUUGUAAUCGCAGAGGCACUAGCCAAACAUCGACCCUCAUCCUUUCACCUGAGAUGUCCCAUCCUGGCCGAUCUGCUCUCUGCGGUAUUACCCCUACUUGCUCCGUUCUUAGAUAAACUCACUUUGACCACCUGGUACAUGUCCAAUGCCUCAGGAUCAUCGGAUACAGGGAUAUCGAUGGCGUCUAACCUUUCUCAUAUCAUCUUCGAGGAUUUAACCCACAACGUCGCUCAUGCCUCGCCAUACUACGCUCACUGGAUUCCACUCAUUCUCUCCCAAAUAACCUCAACACGUCUACGCACGAUCACGUUCAAAGGUUGGCCAAGCACAAGAGAAAAAGAUUUGGCGAUUUUGGAACCAUCCAAAAUCGAUGACGUCCUCUAUAGAACGCCUGCCUUUGGACGAUUAGAGGAAGUCCGCAUUAUAUUAUUCCGAAGACAAGUCGUUCAAUCACCCACAUUCGAUGCGUCCAUCUUCAGUCGGUUGAUUUCACCGAUCCAUGACGCUCACCCUCCUCAGUUGGCUGAAGCCAUUCGACGUGCUUUCCCCUUGAUGGCCGCGAGAGGUAUUUUGCGAGUUGUGUAUGAAUAGGGUCUGUGGGAUUCACUCGAGGAGGAUACAUGACGAUGAGUUGAAACGUCCCAUGUCAUACCUUACCGGACGCCCUUCCACAGUCCCACCACAGGAAUGGGACCUACACAGGCACACGAUACCAUAAACAUGAACAUCCCGCAUACAUCCCAAUCAAGAGAAACGUCAUUGCAACGAUCUCCCUACCCCACAGAAACGGCACACCAAUCGCGCUCUCUUCAAUUUCUCCAGGGUAUCUAGGUGUCUACAGUUCCUCAUUACCCCGCUUGGUCGUAGUAAUAGCUAUCCCACCCAUCUGGCUCCCAAACCGGAACCCGUUUCCUGGCAAAGCAACCAUGACGCUUACAAACCAUCGUGCCAAUUAGGACCUUCGUUCGUUCAUUGGUCCACAAACUCCGUCACCUAUAGAUGCCGUUCUCACCACUACGCACCUGCUUCAGUUGCAAGAAGGUGACGAUGGACCCGAGCUCCACGGGGAUACGGCGCGAGAGUCUGAAGAGUGAAGUUAUAUUCAAAGAUGUUCGUAAGUAAACGGGUGAGAUUUAGGUCCCCCGAUGGCGAAGAGAAAUGUCUUGCACGUCCAUAGCACCAGGACAAAUGGAAUCGAAUUCAUGGGACUCGUCACAAGAGCACGAACCAAACUUGUGUCAUGUAAAACUACUCAGUACACGUUACAGCAUACAUAUACAUUCAAGAUUUGGUAUGGUCCGACAGCUCAAACCAGACCAACGAU